CCGAUGAACUCCUGGUUCAUAGGUUAGAGGUUACAGCUCAUUUUACUGUGUGAAGAAAUGUGUUGUCAACAAGUUACAUUAAGCUGAAAUUCUAUUGUUUAUGCUUAGAACAUUGCUAGGUAACCAACAAUUGCAAAGAAGACUGAACUUCCCAGAUAAUGAUGGCGGCGACCUGCAGGUUUUGGAAUUUGAUUUUUCACAAUCGACAUUCGUUGGUUUUACGCAAAUGUUGUUUAAAACAAUAUAAUAGCAAACGCACAUACGUUGCUUCUAAAUUGAAACUUCAAGAGCUUUAUAAACUUAGUAAAUCUGCUGCUGAAGAGCAACAGCCUAUGCCAGACCAAAACCCUGAAGCAAUAUUUGCCAACAAUGAACUCUCCCUACAGAAGAUUGAGGUCUAUGGCUUUGACUAUGACUACACACUGGCCACAUACACACCCAAGCUACAUGAGCUUAUCUUCACCUUAGGAAAGGAGGCUCUGGUUGAUAAAUUAAAGUACCCUGAAGCAAUUUUAGAUCUGGAAUACGAUGCUGAUUUUGCCGUGAGAGGAUUACAUUAUGAUGUCAAGAAGGGUCUUUUCAUGAAGAUUGAUCAAUUUCACAACAUACAGCUAGGCACAGUUUACAGGGGAAUGAAACCUGUGCCAGAUGAAGAAGUGAAAACAUUGUUUGAAGGGACUCACAUAUCUGUGGAAAACAUGAACACAUUUUAUGGUGCAGGACCAAUGCACCAAAUGGUUGAUUUGUUUGCACUUCCUGAAAUCACACUUGUCUCCCUUGUUACUGAGUACAUAUCAAAUUGUCUUUCACAGUAUUUUAUUGCCAACAACAUUACCUAUGAUCCUGAAUAUGUGUUCUUUGAUAUACGAAACACUGUCCAAGGUAUCCACAACUCAGGUCAACUUCACCAAGCAAUAAUCAAAGAUUUAGAUCUCUACUUGUAUUCUGAGAAAUGUUAUGAAACCAAGUUGUUGUUAGAAAAUUUGCGUGGGGAAGGGAAGAAACUCUUUUUGAUCUCCAACAGUGGCUUCCCUUUCAUUGACCAUGGAAUGAAAUACAUGGUGGGGAAAGAGUGGCAGGAACUGUUUGAUGUGGUCAUCGUGAAUGCCAGGAAGCCAAAGUUCUUUAAAGAGGGCUACAGGCCAUUCAGGGCUUACAAUAUGGAACAGAUGGCGCCAGAGUGGGGCCGUGUGACAAGUCUGAACAAAGGUGUGGUGUAUAAUCAGGGCAAUCAUCAUGAGCUACAGGAACUGACUGGCUGGUACGGGCCCAAGGUGUUGUAUUUUGGUGACCACAUCUACAGUGAUCUAGCUGAUCCUUCAUUGAAGUAUGGUUGGAGGACUGGUGCCAUUAUUCCAGAGCUUGAGGCUGAAAUCAACAAACAAAACUCUGAAAUUUACAAGUCCUCAGUCAGAUGGCUAGUGGCUCUACAGCACUUGAUAGAUGACAUGCAGCAUCAGAACUCCCCCGAGUCUAAAGAAGUGAUCAAUAAAUGGAUUGAGGAAAGGAAUGAAUUAAGGAUGUUCACUAAAUCGUUGUUCAACCCUCACUUUGGAAGUCUCUUCAGGACGUAUCACAACCCAACCUACUUUUUCCGGCGCUUGGCCAGGUUUGCGGACAUCUACACCUCCAACCUGACCAACCUGCUGCGCUACUCCACCUCCUACACGUUCUACCCCCACCGCAUCCUCCUCCCCCAUGAGCCCAGUGUCUAUUCAUCAAAGUUCAACAGAAAAAAUCAGGGGUGCUUCAAUGAAGAAAAUAGUUCAUGAAUUAUCAAGGGUGUUUGAAUAAAGCAAUUAGCAGAAAAUCAGGGGUGUUUGUAUGAGGCAAGUAGUUUCUGAAUUAUCAGGGGUGUUUUUAUGAAGCAAGUAGUUCCUGAAUUAUCAGGGGUGUUUGUAUGAAGCAAGUAGUUCCUGAAUUAUCAGGGGUGUUUGAAUGGAGCAAGUAGUUCCUGAUAUUAUCCUGAAAUGGCUUUAGUUUAAGGUUGUGCUAGCAGAGUCUCAGUAUUAACUAAAAUUAGUGUCAGUAUUUAUGUUAAACUAUGUUAAGUAUAAUCUUAAAUAUCAUGUGUAUUUAUUUGCUUGUAAGCAAAACUAUGAUUUGACAAUAAUUCAAUUCACUUGUUUUGUCACAUAAUUUUUUAAAAUAUUGUAUUUUUUUUUCAUUUCAUUGGAGAUUAUUUCUAUAGCUUUUUAGGGAAAGUGGUAGAUUUACUUUUAAAUCCACAAUUUGAUUGCAAUGAGUUGUGCAAUAUUUCCUCUAAAUUUGACCCCAACCCUUCAAUGUUAUUGUACUUACUCCAGUAUAAUUGAUGUCAUAAAAGUUGAGCCUAUUCAAGAAGUCUAGACCUUGCAUUUCAUCUAAUGGCACUGUGUCAUAUCUUGACACAUCAAAAGCUGACUCAUCACUGACCUGGAAGUGUCAUGGUCCCCACACUAAAUGACAAUGUCCUGCAGAAUUUUGACCCCUACAGCUCGACUACUUUGUAUGAUUUAUGACUCCAGCUGAACUUUUUUUGUGUGAUAUUUUUUCAACCAACAGGUUAUUUGCUCAAUAUUUUUAGGCCUGUGCACAUUUUUUUUUUACUAUUUUGAGGAACUGCUGUAGAAUUUGUUGUUCAUGACUUUAAUUUCGUUCCUGUAACUGAAUCUCAGUUUUUAUUUAACCAGCAAGCAACAUAAGGUUGAUAUUAGAUCUGCUGACAUUCUGCUGGGGGUGUGUAGUCAGUGAUUUCCUCAUUUGAAGGCAUUUAAAUAUUAGUUCAUGUGAGCUUGUAAAGUUUUGCUAUACUUUAUUUAAACAUUUUGUAACAGUAUAUUAUCAGCAUUAAAUACUGAUGUCAUUUUUUAUUUACAAUCACUGAUUAAAAAA